AUGAAGAACUUAAAAAUUUUGGUUUUAGGCGAUCUUGGGGUUGGGAAAAGUUCAUUUCUUAGAUUAAUUAGUGAAAGGUUUGAUGAAAUAUACCCGAUUAAUUAUUUUGAUUAUUUUAUGCAUUUAGACGAAGAAGAAAAAAAAGAACAAUUUGUAUCCUCUAGAGAUUUAGCACAAAAUAAUUCAACAAAACAAAAUGUAGAAACAAUUGUUGAGUCUAUGUUUUUUCAAGCUAAAAAAAACUUUUUAGAAUUUAUUGAAAAUAAAAUGAAUGCAAAACAAUUUUUUGUUGAAAAAAGACAUAAAUAUACAUAUGGAUUUGAAAUAUAUCCAUUUUUAUGGAAUAAAGAUAAUUCUUAUAAUAAUAAUAUAUUUGAAAAAAAUAUACCCUUAAAUAUAAUUAAAAACAAAAGAGAGAAUUACCAUGAUGUAUAUUUAAAUAGUAUCACAGAAGAUAAUAAAUAUAUUAGCAGUAUGAGUGAAAAUAAUUAUUAUACUGAUUGUAACUCUGGUAUGACAAUUGAUAAUGGUAUGAAAAAACAAAAUGAUAAUUUUUUAUAUGUUGAAUUUUUUGAAAUUGGAGGAGUUCAAACAUAUUCAUAUAUUAGAAAUAUUUUUUAUGAAAAAUAUGAUGGUAUUUUAUUAUUUUAUGAUUCAUCAAAUAAUAAAUCUUAUCAUAAUCUUGCCAUGUGGUUAUAUGAAUUAUAUGUGAAUACUAAACCUCCUUCUCAAAUAUUCUGUACUGUUAAUAAAAAAGAAUAUAAAUUUUGGAACAUUUUUCAAAAAGAUAAAAUGAAUACAAAGAUAUCUACAUCGGGGUAUCCAAAUGCAUUACCCCGAAAAAAUAUAAAACAUAAAUAUAGUGACUCUGAUUUUUAUUAUGGAGAUCAACCUUUUAAUUAUUAUAAUAAAGAAGGGGAAUAUGAUAGUAAAUUUGAUAUAUCCGAUGAACAUAUUGAUAUUGAAAAAGGAACUGAACAAAAUAAUGAAGAUAUUUUAAAUGGUGAAAUUCCUUUAGCUUGUGUAGCUACCAAGAUUGAUAAAAAAAAUUCUAAGCAAAAACCUUCUUGUGUAAAAACUCCUAAAACUUCAUAUCUAUAUAGUAUCCUUUUCCCAGAUGAAUUAUCAGAUAAUUCAGGUUAUGAAAAUAGAACUGAUUUAAAAAUAAAAAAAGAUAUUUUAAAAAAGCUAGAACAGAAUAUUAGUCAAGCAUUAGAAAUUAAGGCAAGUUCAAUUGACUGUAUCAUUGAUAUCAAAAAUUUUUUAACAUUUUUAAAACGGGUUUACGCCAAAAAAUAUGGGAUAACAAACUCCCAAUUUAAUUCAUAA